AUGGCCGCGAUGCUUCGCGAUGCAUGGUCCACUAUACAAGAGCCUGUCAUCAGCUACAUUCUCGACGAACGCUACCCAGAGCCCGGCAUUGAUCGCACCAUGGUCUACGUUGCUGAGCUUGGCUUCACGUGCAACGUAGACUACCUGGCUCGAGCAUUCGGAAACAGCACUUACAACUACGAGUUCCAAAAGUAUGAAAUGUACACGAGGCUCGCCCUGAAAUGGAGGGUGUAA